AGAUCCAAGACAAGUGGACAACCUAGGCAGAACAGAACAGAAUUGGAAUAAGAACUCCUAGUGCACUUCGAUUGUAAAGAGGAGAAAUCUACUGCCAUUGAUGUUGCUCUUCGCAAAUGCAUCCUAAGCUUUCUUCUUCUUUCUUACCAUCAAUCAUCUUUCUUUCCCUUGUUUUCCUAUUCGUGUACUCCACUUUCCUGCCAUUUUAUACCAACAAGCCCGCCUCCUUUCCCACUAAAAAGUUCCUUCCUUCGUCCUCUUCUUCUUGCAACCUUUUCUAUGGCAGUUGGGUCUUAGACUCCACCAAGCCCAAGCCUUUCUACCAUGAUUCCUGCCCAUUUCAUAGAAACGCCUGGAAUUGUCUUAAGAAUAAGAGGGACAACAUGGGGAUAAUCAAUUCCUGGAAAUGGGUACCCAAUGGUUGCAGGUUGGAGAGGAUUGACCCCUGGCGGUUCUUGGGUUUAAUGAGGAAUAGGAGUAUUGGCUUUGUUGGGGAUUCUUUGAAUGAAAACUUUUUGGUGUCUUUUUUGUGUGUGCUUAGAGUGGCUGAUUCAGGUGCUAAAAAGUGGAAGAAAAAGGGCGCUUGGAGAGGGGCUUAUUUUCCCAAGUAUAAUGUCACGGUUGCCUAUCAUAGGGCUGUUUUGCUUGCAAAAUACAAGUGGAAGCCAAAACCAUCUACGGUUUCUGAUCAAGAUGGACUGAAAGGAAUAUACCGAGUGGAUGUUGAUAUUCCUGCAGAUGAAUGGAUCAGCAUCACUGACUUCUAUGAUGUUCUUGUUUUCAACACUGGCCAUUGGUGGGGCUAUGAUAAAUUCCCAAAGGAGACUCCUCUUGUCUUUUAUCAGCAUGGGCGACCAAUUAGUCCUCCCCUGGGAUUAUUGGAUGGCCUUCAAGUUGUUCUUGAAAAUAUGGUCCGCUACAUUGAAAAGGAAGUUCCUAAGAGCAACCUCAAAUUCUGGCGUUUGCAAUCACCAAGACAUUUUUAUGGUGGCGAGUGGAAUCAAAAUGGCAGUUGCUUAUUUGACAGACCCCUUGAAGAGGACCAGCUUGACUUGUGGUUUGAUCCCAGCAACAAUGGAGUGAACAAAGAAGCACGGACGCUUAACCAUCUAAUUAAAGAGGCACUGCAAGGAACAAACGUUCAAUUGCUUGAUCUGACUCAUUUGAGUGAGUUCAGAGCAGAUGCCCAUCCAGCAAUUUGGUUAGGAAAGAAGGACGCUGUGUCGAUAUGGGGCCAGGACUGCAUGCACUGGUGCCUACCUGGUGUCCCUGACACUUGGGUUGAUAUACUGGCACAACUAAUCCUAAAUAGUUUCGAGACAGGGUGAUGAAAUGUGAACAGAAUCUUCUCGAAUUGUUUCAAUGUUCACCUUGGAUAACACCAAGCAGCCACCACCACAUGCACUGAGUAUACAGAUUUGUGGGAAUGUGAAUACGGAAUACAGGGUGAAUGCCUCAAGACUGGUCUCUUUGGGGAUGAAUGAUAGUUGGGUGUUUGGAAAUUGAACCUUGCUGCCCUCUAAGAUCUCUUUACAUCGGCGUUUUCUCUUUUUCAGUGUUGGGGGGGGAGUGACACAAUACCAAAUAUUUUACAAUUAUAACAGGGGAUCCAUGGCAUGUUACAUGUCAAUUAAGUUUUUAGUUUUUACUCAAAUUCUGGAGAGUGCAGGCAGAGUUGGAGAAGGGGGGUGGUUGAAAGAUAAGCUGAGAAGUUCAUCCACAUUCUAUAGGUUGAACAUUUCAAAUGUCCAGAAAGGAUAUCUUUGUUUUUUUCUACUCAUUCAUUUAAUUCUUUUACUUCUUAAGCUUUUUGACCUUGGAAAUUAAAUGUCAGUGUGCGGCUUAUUGUUAGCAUAUUGUUCUUGGCAGACUUUGUUACCUAUUAAGCUAUUCUUUUGAAACAUAGUGCCACUGCACUUAAUUUGGAAAUCCCUUUUAAACAAUCAUGUUUCAUUGCCAAGAUAGUUGCUUCUUCCCUUCUUUUA